AUGACGGACUACAAUACAAAGCUGUCAGAAUACAUCGACGGCUGGCUCAAAACCUGUAUCGCUGAUUCCAGUACUCCGUUCAGCGGCCAGAAGCGCGACGCGUCGUUGAGUCCCAUAUUGAAUUGGAACGACAUGCCGACUCCGCCAUCAUCAGAUGUGACUCAAGAAACACCUAGGAAAAGUCGAAUGCGAUCGCCGAAGAGAUCGAGAAAGGACGACAGUCCCGAAGAAAACACCAGCCAGGAAACUCCCUUCGACGACAACCAGACUCCCACCGGCCCUGCAAGAAAGCUUCGGAUGGCGAUACCGAGUCGCCCUUUUUCAAAUCCACCGUCUUUACCUCCAUCAUCUUCCACAUCUCAAUCUUCAAAUCGUUCCCGAUCGACCAGUCCUGUCAAGCGCUCCACGUUAGAACUCCUCCAAAAACCCGUUAAAUUCAUUCCUAUGGAUGAAUGGAAAGUCGAAGAAAACAUACAGAAGGCAUUUAACAGGAUCUUCGAUAUCUCGUAUGGCGACAAAUUCAUACCUAAUGCCGUUAAGAAAGAAAUACGGGCCAGCGGCCAAAGGGCAAUGCCAGGCUGGUUCUUCGAACACUCGGAUGACAAAACCGCCUAUUAUAUGGAGGAACAUGCCGCUCUUCUCAAGAUCAAGGAUGUUGCCAGGUAUCUGGAAAAGGGAGGAGCUCAUGAGUCGGCUUGGAAUUUGGAUAUCCAUGGACCUCUGCUGGAACUUGCCCUGAAGCCGUUCAAGUCCUUGAAACGCGAGCUUCUCGCACACGCCAGAAUAAGCCCGCCCUUUAUCCCAGAGCUUCGAACGGAUUCAUUUUAUGACAUAAUAUCGUCCAAAAUGAUCGACUUCGGCAUCACGGUGCAGCCUUCGGCAUCCACAGCGCAACAUAUCAGCAAGGUGCUUAACGCAGUCCCGCAUAAUAAACACUCUAUCAAUCCGACGACAUACAAGCUCGUUAGGUACGAUCCAAUCGCGGUGCCAAUAGAAACCAAAAAUACAACAGGGCAUAUGGAGGAGGCCAGAGUCCAGCUUGGACUUUGGGUAGCAGCAUGGCAUAAGCGGAUGAAUGCUCUUCGGACGAAUAACGAGCAGAUCAUUACGUUACCGCUGAUAAUGGCCGUGGAGCAUGAAUGGAAGCUCCUCUUUGCGUACGAUGGAGAGAAUACAAUUGUGAGUACAACCUUAUUAGUUGUGUAG